UCUCGACGAACACAAACGCUUGCCUAGACGCAGAGAAGCGUGGUAGUAGAGACAGAAGUCCACCAACGAGUGUGGUAUCACGAGAGGCUGCGCGAAAGAAGAACGAUUGACAGCCGAAGGACGGGAAACGGAGUAGCCGGCGGAGGAGGAGGGCGAAGCGGAGAGGAGCGGCGAUGGCUCGAUCACUCUUUCCGGUGGUGGCCGCCAUGGCGGCCGUGGUUGUCGUUUCGCUUCUGAGCGCGGCCGUCCCUGCGAGCGCCAAGCCGCCGAAGGUGACGAUCGAAUCGGUCACGUUCAUGGGCUCCGGCUGCAACUGGCAGAAUACCAACUACGUCUUGUCCAACGACUACUCGACGGUCACUUUCAUCUUCGGCGAUAUGAUUGCCACCACGGACGGAGGGCUGGCCAACAGGAGGAAGAACUGCCAGGCGUCGCUCGGGUUGAAGUACCCCAAGGGCUGGAGUCUGUCGCUGGGAAGCGUGACUGGCCGCGGCUACGGCAAGCUCGAUAAGGGCGUGGAGGGCACCUAUCAGACGAGCUACUACUUCUCGGGACAGACGGGGACCGCGUACGCCAAGCGCACUCUCAACGGGCAACUGGAGCUCAACUACGAGUACACCGACGUCUUCGGCCUGCUCGUGUGGAGCCAGUGCAACAACGUGCCCAACCUGAACAUCAACUCCGAGGUGAGAGUCGACGGCCCGGCGGGUCGCAACGGCAUCAUGACGCUGGAUUCCACGGACAAGAAGUUCAAGCUCAUCUACCGCCUCAACUGGAAGACGUGCUGAUGAUGAGAGGCUGAUCUGCAUCGAGCGAAUUACAACCUCUCUGUCAAGACGUCCUCGGGGACGGCAGUUUAAAUAGAUAGGCGCAGAUGCGGGUGUGGAGUUUUGUCUACGGCUCUAGAUAGGGAUAGCUAUGGCGGAGGAGAUGUACAGCCAUCGUUACGCUGUUGCCGCCCUCCCUGAGCUUGUAGGUAGGGCUUCCCAGCGGCUGUGCAGUGUCCGCACAUCAUCAAGAUGAUGUAUCGUGUCUUCUAGCUAGUCUCUUGUUUGAGAAUUGCUCCAGGGACUCACCUGAUUCAGAAGAGAUUGAACAUGCCAAUACUUCAUUUUAUUAGUUGGGCAAGACAACGCUCCAUCUUUCCUCGUUAUUGCUGCAAUGCGUGAAUCAAGUUGAAAUCUCAUUCCUCAGUUCUGCACUUAUCGUACGCCACUCUUCUCUCUCUCUCUCUCUCUCUCUCUCUCUCUCUCUCUCUCUCUCUCUCUCUCUCUCUCUCUCUAGGUAAUGACAUAUAUAUAUAUAUAUAUAUAUAGAUAGAUAGAUAGAUAGAUAGAUAUAUGUAGAAAUAUCCAUCUCCCUUGGUCCCUCUCUCUCUCUCUCUCUCUCUCUCUCUCUCUCUCUCUCUCUCUCCAUCGUAUUAUGUUUAUGUUCGUAUCGUCAAUAUGUUCUGAAGAAUCAGUCAAACGUAGUUCUCUUGAUUCAGAUGUCUUCAAAAAAAUACAUGCUCAUGUGCUGUGUCGGCUCCCUUAUUACGUUGCCACGUUGGUCAAUCUGUGUAUGCGCUGUGCAGAUGUCAAUCCUUGCACCCCUCAGCAGGUCCUGUUACUUGAUACCCCACUGCUUUCACCUUUCUCUACUGACUGCAGUCCCUGAAAACGCCUCCACUGUUGUCAACUCAGCUGAUGUCCGGCCACCUGAUACAACUUAACCCUUGUGUGUAGACCCACCUUAGCAGACGGCACAUCCCCAGUUUUUUCAUCCCAACUGGAUUUAACUGAUAAUAUGUUUGCCAACUGUUACAUUUGUGUGGCAGUCAGCAACAUGCACUUGUAAUCGGCUUCAUAUUAGGUUGGUAAAAGUACUUAGAUUUUUCCACCAGAACACAUAAGAUUUUUCCACCAGAACACCAAGUACCUUAACGCUUGACUACACUGCGGUUUUAUUUGUUGGCAGUUGCCAAUGCUUGAUGCACCCACCGCUCAACAAGGAACCUCUGCAGCUCAGCUCAUUCCUGGCGGAGUGCACCCCGAGCCUAAAACCGGGCAAACAGAUGUCAAUCCUUGCACCCCUCAGCAGGUCCUGUUACUUGAUACCCCACUGCUUUCACCUUUCUCUACUGACUGCAGUCCCUGAAAACGCCUCCACUGUUGUCAACUCAGCUGAUGUCCGGCCACCUGAUACAACUUAACCCUUGUGUGUAGACCCACCUUAGCAGACGGCACAUCCCCAGUUUUUUCAUCCCAACUGGAUUUAACUGAUAAUAUGUUUGCCAACUGUUACAUUUGUGUGGCAGUCAGCAACAUGCACUUGUAAUCGGCUUCAUAUUAGGUUGGUAAAAGUACUUAGAUUUUUCCACCAGAACACAUAAGAUUUUUCCACCAGAACACCAAGUACCUUAACGCUUGACUACACUGCGGUUUUAUUUGUUGGCAGUUGCCAAUGCUUGAUGCACCCACCGCUCAACAAGGAACCUCUGCAGCUCAGCUCAUUCCUGGCGGAGUGCACCCCGAGCCUAAAACCGGGCAAACAGGUAUGAUCUCUUUCGCCGUCCAGUUGAAAAACAAGCAACGAAGCUGCCAACGACUGCUUAGUUAAGUCAGUUAGUUAGGCUCACCCGACGGAGUGCCGAAGGAUUGGUACUGCUCAACUAUGCCACGUGUUCUGAUCUAUCAAAGAGAAAACUAUGCCGCAGUCAGGGUUCGAGUUCGAAAAUGCACUUGUUGAGGCAAAAGGGCCUGGAAUGGUGAAUGUAUACAACCUAGGUUUCCGGUCCGGUGGGGUUACGUGGGGGUGUGUUCUGUUUGCGGGAUUGCCUGAGGUGCAUUUUCAAACUGUUUUUUACCCUUUGAUUAAAUUGAAAGCCCAUUCGAACUUGACCGCGAGAGGACAAUGGGGACACUUGUAAAAAAUGGGGACCCUUUUCCGAGUAACAAAUGUGAAGGCCACUG